AUGAAAAAAUCCAAUGAGAAAAAAAAUGAAGCAGAUCCAUUGUUGAAGAAGUUUUUUUGUGAAAAGUUAACAAAAAAUGAAAUGGACGAUGUUUUUUUUUAUUAUAAACAAUUAAUGGGUAUUUUAGCUGGUAUCAUAUCAGGACUAUUACGUAUUAAAGGAAUGUGGGGAUUUCUCUUUUUUUUCCUUUUCCAAUUUGUAACAUCCUUUGUCUUAUAUAAUAAAAAAAUUCAUGAAAAUUAUUUUCUUGACAAUUAUAAUAUUGCAAAAAGUAAUAUAUUUACAGCUUUUUCGGCAUUUUUGUUAUCAUGGAUUGCAUCUAAUACAAUGUUAGUUUAA